UAAAAAAAAAAAAAAAAUGUAAUGUGCUGUCACGCUGCUUUGUUUUGGUUCUGUUUGCUGUCCUAUAUUACUUAAAAAAUGUAUUAUUAAUAAUAUUUAUCUCAAUUUAUAAAUAUAUAGUAAGAUAAAGAUGUCACAUAAUAAACUAUUACUGCAUCCCGCAAGAAUACACGUUACAAAUAAGCUAUUAGAUGUAUCAAAACAUUUACGUAACUAUGUCAACAUUUUGCGGCACAAAACGACGAAACCAAAGACUGCCAGUUCUGUGUACCGAAGUAUGAAUAUAUUUGAUAGGAAAGCUAAGGCCCUGCAAAGAGAAAGGUCAGCUCGUAGGGAUGAUUAUCAUUUAGUGGAACAUAUAAAAGAAGAGGUUGGUUGGCGUACAGCUGACAGGGUUUUUGAUAUAAAGAGAACAUUUAAAAAUGCCGUAGAACUGGGUGCCAGUCGAGGUUAUGUUUCCAGGCAUUUCUUACCAGAUAGUGUGGAGAAGAUCACACUCUGUGAUACGUCACAGACUCAUCUGGACAAAGCAAUAGUAGGUGACGGUGUACAGGUUGAGAAACUUGUUAUGGAUGAAGAAAAUAUUGAUGUAAGCGUCAAAAGAGUAAAAAUUGAGGAUCUGAUUUUCAUGGUUUCCAGAGAACAGUUUAGACUUAGUAGUAUCAUCACUAGCGCUGCACUGGGUGAACGACCUGCCGGGCUGCUUCGACAAAAUUAUGAAGUCGCUAAUGCCAGAUGGGGUCUUCAUGGCAACAGUAUUCGGCGGCGAUACGCUGAUGGAGCUCCGACAGGCGUUACAGUUGGCCGACACCGAACGGUUGGGUGGUAUGGCACCGCACAUAUCCCCGUUCACAAGGAUACGAGACAUUGGCGGCCUACUGACGGCGGCCGGUUUCACUCUACAAACAGUGGAUGUAGAUUCAAUGACGUUGUGGUACCCGAGCGCGUGGCACGUGAUGUGGGACGCGCGCGCCAUGGGCGAGUCCAACGCGGCACACACGCGCCCUCUACGGUUGAGCCGCGACGUGCAAUUCUCCGCCGCCGCCAUUUACGACGAGAUGUAUGGCAAGGAUUUUCCUGAAAGGAACUCUCGCGGGGUACCAGCAACCUUCCAAAUAAUAAACUUCCUUGGCUGGAAACCAGAUCCGUCACAGCCAAAACCGUUGGAGAGGGGCUCCGGCGAAGUUUCCCUCAAAGAUUUGCACAGAAUUGAUGAAAUAGUCAAAGAAACUAAGAAAGUACAGUUGACUGAAGAUGACAUGAAAUAGAUUGUAGUAAAUUAUUAAAAAUAUAUAUUAAAGUUGUUA